UUCGUUCGUUCGUAUGAUGAUCAUCAUCAUUUAGUACAAUCAUCGUUUGAUGCAAGGUGACUUUUCUUUUCUCUUCACCAAACGCGAUUCAAAACUUUUUUUCUUAAUUUGUUUGCUGAAGUAAAAUAAAAAUGGGUCCACCUUUAGGUGAAAUUGUUAUAUUGGCCGGUAAUACACAUCCAUAUUUAGCGGAUGAAAUAUGUCAACGUCUGGAUGUUCGUCGUAUGGAAGUUAAUCUUUAUCAUGCUGGAAAUCGUGAAACAAUGUUGCAAAUAACAUCAUCAGUUCGUUUUAAAGAUUGUUAUAUAAUACAAACAGCAACCGAUACAAAUUGUAAUGAUGCUAUUAUGGAAUUAUUGUUGAUGGGUUAUACAUGUCAUACAUCAGCUGCAAAACAUUUAGUCGGUGUAAUACCAUAUCUGCCAUAUGGUAAACAAGCUCGUCAACGUAAACGUGGUUCAAUACCGGCAAGAUUAUUAGCCAAAAUGAUUUGCCGUGCAGGUUUUCGUCAUAUCAUUACCGUCGAUUUACAACAUAAAGAGAUUCAAGGAUUUUUCGAUAUACCUGUAGAAAAUCUUCGUGCAUCACCAUUUCUUAUUCAACAUAUACGUGAAACAUUAUUUCAACAACAAAUAAAUCGUUCUGAUGUUGUUAUUAUUGCAAUGCAUACAUCAUCUGUACGUAAAGCAACUGCAUAUGCUGAACGUUUAAAAGUUGAUAUAGCUAUUUUGCAUGGUCAAGAUGAUGAUAAACUUGCGGAUACUGUUGAUGAAAUUGAUGGCCGAUCAUCACCACCACCACCAGUACGUGAAAUUGAAAUCGUUCCCGGUGGUGAUAUAUUACCAGUGUUGACAACAUUUUCCGGUUCUUAUCGUAGUCCAUUAAAAUUAGUCGGGGAUGUUCGUGGAAAAUUAGCCAUAAUGAUUGAAAAUAUUUUGGAUGAUGUUGAACAACCAAUACGGGCUGCAAAUUUUCUGAAACAAGAUGAAGGUGCCCGACAAGUUCAUCUAGUUGGUACACAUGCCUUAUUGACGCCUGAAGCAGCUGAAAAAUUGAAUGAAUCCGUUAUCGAUGAAAUUGUUGUUACAAAUACAAUUCCACAUGAAAUUCAAUCAAUGAAAUGUCCAAAAAUGAAAACAAUCGAUAUUUCCAUACUAUUAACCGAAGCAAUUCGUCGUAUGCAUAAUAAUGAAUCAUUAUCAUAUCUAUUUGCUGAUGUUAGUCAUGAAGAUUAAAUGAUGGUGGUGGUGGUGGAAAUUGAAAAAAAAA